AUGUCCGGAACAGAAGAACAGAGCUCCACCAGGUUCACCUACAGGCCAACCUCGACAAUCGCGCGGUCCUUCUCAGAGCAGCUGAACGACGCGUUUUUGAUCGAUGACAGCCUUGACAAGCUCGCCUCCACCGUUGAGCAAAAGAAGCAAUCCGUCACUUUCCAGUCCUCAGAGCUGAAGCUCCUCGAGGAGUCUAUUCGUCGCGCUGAGGCCCUCCUUGAAGAGAAGAAGAACAGGCUCUCGCAGCAGUUCCCCGGCAGUGUUCCCCGAGCUCUACCAGCCCCAACCCCAGGAAGGCAAGACCCCAAUCCCGACCUACGACAGCAACGGGAAUGA